AUGUCUGGCCCGGCCAAGGGUGGCCAUUUUGGAGUCCCCCGGGCGGCUGGUUGCCCCGGCGGCGUCUGCCCACCUGCUGCCGGGACCCGGGCUGGCCGCGCCGCUGCCCGGAGCUGGACCCACACGAUGUGGCGGCUCCGCUGCAAGGCCAAGGAUGGCACCCAUGUGUUGCAGGGCUUGUCCAGCCGGACCCGAGUGCGGGAGCUCCAGGGCCAGAUUGCCGCCAUCACCGGGAUCGCGCCGGGCUGUCAGCGGAUCCUCGUGGGGUACCCGCCCGAGGGCCUGGAUCUCAGCGACGAGGACACCGUUCUAGGGGAUCUGCCCAUCCAGUCCGGCGACAUGCUGAUCGUGGAAGAAGACCAAACCAGGCCCAAAAAGUCGCCUACAUUCACAAAACAUGGUGCUCCCAGUUACGUCAGGGAACCUUUGCCUGUGCUUAGCAGAACAGUGGUCCCAGCAGACAACUCUUGCCUCUUUACCAGUGUGUACUAUGUCGUGGAAGGAGGAGUGUUGAAUCCUGCUUGCGCCCCUGAGAUGAGACGCCUCAUAGCACAAAUUGUAGCAAGCGAUCCAGACUUCUAUAGCGAGGCAAUACUGGGAAAGACGAAUCAAGAGUACUGUGACUGGAUCAAAAGGGAUGACACUUGGGGAGGAGCUAUUGAGAUAUCCAUUCUGUCUAAGUUUUAUCAAUGUGAAAUAUGUGUAGUGGAUACACAGACAGUAAGAAUUGACCGUUUUGGGGAAGAUGCAGGAUACACCAAAAGGGUCCUGCUUAUUUAUGAUGGCAUUCACUAUGAUCCGCUUCAGCGGAACUUCCCUGACCCAGACACCCCGCCUCUGACCAUUUUCUCCUCUAAUGAUGAUAUUGUUCUUGUACAAGCACUGGAAUUAGCAGAUGAAGCCAGAAGAAAGAGACAGUUUACUGAUGUAAACCGCUUCACCCUGAGGUGCAUGGUAUGUCAGAAGGGAUUAACCGGACAAGCAGAAGCAAGGGACCAUGCCAAGGAGACAGGCCAUACCAACUUUGGAGAAGUGUGAUCUAUGCAUGAUGAGGAUUGCCGCCUACUACCUCACAGAUCCAGAAGGCUCUGGGUUUUCCAAUAAGCUAUUUGUAACCCCUAAAGAACAAAGGACAAUGCUUGAACCAUCUUUUUAACUUAAAACCACUAAGACACUGAAAUUCCUUGUUAAGAUUAAAAUUAGUGUGCAAGUUUACAGGUGUGUGUCUACAGUGGUGAUACAUCCAUGCCCUUUCUCUGCUGGGGUGACAGAAGCGGUGGUCCUUGCUACCUACCGACAGUAACCUGAGGAGUUGAAUCUUAGUACCGUAAACUGGCACCCAGCAGCAUUAACCUGUUAGAAGAAAACAACUUCGUAUUUUGAGUAAUGCGGAAGGCCUCACAUGAGGCCACUGGACAUAAACUACAGUGUCUCCGUAAUUGAAUCCUUUUAAAAACUCUGCCUGAGUUAAUAUUGUUUCUAAAUUAUGAAUUGAUUCCUCAAAUGAAGACACUCAGAAUUGUCAAAACCGAUUUUAUAUUGCAAUUUGGUAGACUUUAUAAAUGUGUACUUAACCAGUUAUAGGUACAUUGCAAGCAAUUUUUACAGGGAUGAGUGCGUUCCUUAAGAAUAUUACCUAAGGAACUGAUAGUGCCCAAUUUAGGAUUUCUAGUGUAUAAAAGCAGAAUGUAUGAGGGAAAAGGUGCCUGAGCAGCUUACUAAAGCUUUAAAAGACCGUCGGCCUCGUGUUUUAACACAACUCAUUUAUUGACGUUUGUCACGUUGGAUAAAAAUUUUAAAUUAAGCAGGGUAUUUAUUUUUUAAUUGAAGUUUCUUGAAAUUUGAGUGCUUGGUUUUUGCUUUUUUACAUAAAGAGUUGUCUGGAGGGAUUAACUUUUCUCAGCUUUUUCUCCAACUCCUAAAAAACAGUCUUCAUCUAAAGUGAUAAUGCUGUGCUCUGACUUGGUUUUUGUGAGAUCUUUGGCUUACCUAAACAGUAUUCUUUUUUUCAUGCCAGCCUUAUCUGGCCACUGAUGCGCUUUUGAGUAAUUUAAUGUUUCUGCAAAUUAGCACUUUGCUCAUCUACAAUCUUUUACUUUGACUUUCAAAGAGUUUUAAAGUAGUUGGGAUAAUAAUGUUGAAUGAAUUUAUUUCACUUCCAAAAUAACGACAGUUUUUAAAUCCUUGCCUUAUUUAACAGCUCUUUUGGAAUUCUGCUUCUUCCUAAUAAUAGACGUGUAGUCAUUUGUUUGGUGGGCUAACCUGCAAGACACAUCCUCUAAAAUUAGCUCCACCAUGAGAUCUUCCAGAUAAAAGUUUUCUACCUCUUUUCGUAAUUCUUCUGAAGAUCAGGGAUGCUAAAUUAUAAUUUGUUAUGUAUUAUCUCACAGAAUGUGAAGAGGCUUAGUGUAGUGAAGUUUUGUAAUCUUGGUCUCAUUUUUUGAUGAAGUAUCUCACUUACAAAACCAAUGGUAUACUUUAAAGCACUUCUGGCUCUUUCAGCAUAUCUUCUUGGCAAACGUUUUAAAAUUGAGAUUUACUUUUAGCACUUUCACGUGGUGGAGGUGGCCAUAUAAAAUUAAGGAGCAUGUGAACAAUUCAGUGAACAAGUUCCUUUAAGGAAGAAUUCCCAAAGUAUGCUUGAAAUCAUUAGGUGACAUUUCUUGAGUACCUAUUUUGUGAAUAGCUGCUUAAGAUAUAAGUUACCGAUCGGUGUAACUUAAAAGUGUUUAAUUUUCUAUUUUACUGAGCCUUAAAAAUAGCACUUGUGAACUUGCGAUAACGUUUGGCAAUCAUAAUAUGUACAAAUGAGUGUGUUUGAAAAUCUCUUUGUACCUGGCUGUCUUCUUGGUCUAAAGAUUUUUCUAUCCCUUAUUCUACCCCACCCCACCCCCUCCCCCCGAAAAUAAUUACACUUAAAACUAGAAGUUAAGAGUAUACCACGGGGUAACCUACAUCAAAUUGAGCUUUACACAUCAUUAUUCAUAAAGCUUGCCUUUCUGUCUUAGGUACUUCAGGAGCCAAACUUGACAUUUGCUUACUGGAAUUUAGAGAAGUUUAUUCAUGCAACAAAUAUUUAUUGGGUAAUUUAUAAUGUACCAGGCAUGUAUUGAUACGUUUUCCAACAUAAAUUUCUGUCACUUUAAAAUUGAGUAUAUUUUACCUACAUUGGAUUAAUUUAACAAAUAGAAAUAGAACAUGAUAUUUUAUAAAAGUAAACUUUUUCAUUUUAAGUGUUUUUGUUUGCAUAUUUAAGCUUAUACUUUUAUAGCAAGUGUCAGAUAUUCCGGGGAUCGUACUCAAUUUUACCUGUUAUCUAGGAUGUCCAUUCACCAACUGGACACUGAUAGUCAAAUGGCUCUCAGUAAUGAGUUCUAAAUUAAUUAGUUGCUGAAAUUCAGCACUAGGACUUGAAUGUUCUGAUCAUGGAAAAUCCAAGAUGAUGCAUUAUUUGCAGGCAAUUUGAUUUAGUUCCUGCGAAUUAAAAAACCUAAACUUGUGCUCUUUCUAAAACUCAAGCUUAUAAACCUCACAGAAUCUAAAGAUUUUUUUUUAAUUGCACUUAUGAAACUCUUGAAAUUAGUUUAUUAAUGUGUGUAAAUUCUAAUCUUCAGAAUUUUGAAAGCCUAUGGAUUUAGUACUUGCAGCAGGAUCCAAAACUUUUUCUUAAAUUUGCACUUGAGCAGAAUGAAACCUUUCUCCCUAUUUAUUCCGUUUUUGAGUGCCAUACCAGAAUAUUUUUUUAAUUCAAAUAAGGAUAGUUUACAUUAGUGGCUGAGUGAAGGAAAAUUUUUAAUUCAAAUAAGGAUAGUUUACAUUAGUGGCUGAGUGAAGGAGUGUCCCCCACUCCUCUUUUAUUUUUUCUUUCCCUUAACUCUUCUUUGGAUUUAGAGAUUUGGUAUAUGGCAGUGAAGAUGCACUUCUAGGUAGAAUGUUUUCAGAGGUUAAAAUUAAUAUCCCUGGAAAUUUUGUGAUGUGAUAGCCAUAUAAGGCCAUCAGUGUGGUACAUUCUUAGUUAAUCAUUCCUAGUUGAUUUCUUGAUUAUUUCGCAUUAAUGAAAAUUAGCAUAGUCAAGGGGUACCCUUGAAAGUUUGGCUGCUGGUCAGCUUGACCCUAUUGGCAAAAACUAAUAUAAUCAUGCCAGUUGAUUAUUCCAUAAAGUUCAAGCCCCAGCAGAGUCAUAGUCAGGAACGCAUUAAUGUGUUAUCUCACUAUAAAUGCCCCUAAAUGCCCACGCCCAACUUGCUUAUCUAGCAUAUUCUUCCUAUCCUGUGUAGGCAUUAAAACAUAUGUUGCAAGUUGCCCUAGCUAAACAUGGUUUUUUUCUAUGUCUUUUUUGAAAAAGUUAGAAGGAGGAGUAUGUAAAAUUAGCAGAAUAAUUGUUUUCUUUAUGGAUCAGGUGGCCUUCCGAAAACUUUCAUAUAUUAAGAUUUAUGUUCUUUCAUGUGUUGAGACACGCAUUUGUUAUUAUUUGCAGCACUUUAAAAAAAUAUGAAGUAAAAGUUUACAUUUUAGCCCUCUCCAGGGAUCUUGUUAAAGGCAUUAAAAAAUAAUUCUUGACCUGCUAACAAUCAGCUCUUCUUAAUCAAUAAUUGCCAUCAGUGUAUAGUGUAUCCAGUGGUACAACAUUCUGGUGUUUUGAUUACAGUGGAACUUGAUUUCAGUAACUUAGGAGCAUGCUCUGUGCCCUAGCAUUCAAAAAUUACCUGUUUCCGUAAUGUGAUUGUUCGUUAUCAUUCAUUGUGCAGUGCAGUAUUCAAAUUUGUUCUUGUAGCACAAGGAUGACUAUACCAACUUGGAAAAGAUUAAAUUCUUAAAAACUCUUCAUUUAUUUCUAAGCAAACUUAUUUUAAGGGAGCUGAUUUUUUAGCCUUAAAAGUAUCAUUUUUAAGUCUAAAGUGCAACACUUGAUUUUGAAUAAGCUAGUUCAUUAGCUAACAAUGUUCUCUUACUAAGAGUUAUAAUAUUGCAACACAUCUAAUUCAACUUAGACUACAAAACUUGCCUGAUUUUGGGAAAGGGUUUUAUUAUUAUUUUUUUCUUUUCUGAAAAUCAGCUGACAUUUUGUUUACAGUGCUUUGAAUAUUUGGCUUUGAAGAAAUUGUUACAUUGAUACUGAGUUGUGGGGUGCUGAUUUAGGUCUUGGUCCAUAUGAAUUUAAAGGAGAUUACUCUUUUCGUUUAAAGAGGAAAGGGGAUAAACAGAAAGAUCCUCAAAUGGAUACAUCUCUCCAGAAGAGAUCCUCAAAUGGAUACAUUCCUUAGUCACGAAUAACAGUUUUCAAGCAAUGCCUUUGUGUCCUCCUAACCCUCCUCACCCUUUUCUUGGCAUAGAAUGUAGCAGGGCCAUAACUGAGAAGUUUGUCAUUAAUGUAUAAACCACAAAUAGAAGCAUUUUGCUAUGAUGCCUUUUUAUACUUGUCUUUUAAAAAUACCCACAUCAAGGCGCUUAUGGAUGUGAAAAUAGGAUCUGUCUAAGUUGUAGGUAACAGGUUAACCUAAGAAAGUUUUAGAAUUUCUACUAAGAUUACAUGAGCCUGAUUUUAGAGCUGGUAUAGGAUAUGCAGUAAGUUGUAGUCCAUGAAUUACUUAAAAGGACCAGGGCACCUAAUUCUUGUCAGGUUUCCAGUCUACCUUGGUGCCAUUCAUGACUCAAGCUGUUUACAGGAAAUAUAAUUUCCAUAGCAAAGAGUAAUUUUUCUCUUUAAAGUAUUGAAUUCAGCUUAAAGUGCAAAAUAAAUAUGUGUAAGUUUGUCAAAAGGAAUAGAGAAUGACAAUAGUCCUCUAUUUCCUGUACUGAUGUAGUAGAGGUGGAGAUUCGUGAAGCAAGAAGGAAACCCCAGAUUGUCAAAUUUAGAGCUUAGAACAUGUCUUGUAAAAGUAGUUGCGAAGGGCAGAACAGAAGGAAGUCUGUUUCUUGGCAUAUUUUUCUUUAUUAAGAUGGACAGUGUUUUCUUGUUUUAAAAAUGUUCUUUUGUCUAUUUGCCAGCAUUUUUUUUUUCAAAGUUAAUGCACUGCUGCUACCUGGGAGAUGUCUUACUUCAUUUUGUACAACUCUUAUGUGAUUUUGCCAUUGUCAUUAAGAUGAAUUGAUUUUAUUUAUGAGGUCUGUGAUUUUAAAUACCAAAUGCUGUAUGAAGUGACUUGUUUUGAAGAAAUAAAUGAAGUGAAAAUA